AUGAAACACUUCGCCUGUCACUAUUUGAGCUGCCCCGUAAGGUCGGUGUGUCCCGCCGGAGCUUUUUGCAAAGCGCAGAGCGGUGCGCCGGAGCCGUGCCCCGAUGGCCAUUUUUGUCCGCGCGGCAGCACCGAGCCUCACGCUUGCCCUGGGAAGCACUUCUGUUCCAAUCAAACCGCCACGCCGCAGAGAUGCCCGGCGGGCUACUUCUGCCCGGCCAAGAGUGGCAAGCCGACGCUGUGUCCCCCGCACCACUACUGCCCUGAGCAGAGCUCCGAGCCCCGUGUUUGUCCGGAGGGAUUUCGAUCCUUGGCUGCCAAAGAAUGGAAAAUAUCGGAAGGAUGCGAGGGCCAGGACUUGCAGAAGGUGCUGCGCGGGUCGCUGGCCGAAGCCUUGCCGUGGUGGAAGCAGCUGACGGCCUCCACCGAGAAGUUUGCGCUCGCCGGGGGUUGGUUGCACAGCCUGGUCGUGGUGAAGGGUCAGUUGUGGGCAUGGGGUCGGAAUUACGAGGGGCAGCUGGGGCUCGGCAACACGGAGAAGCAGUGGCGCCCGGUCAAAGUACCCUCCAGCAAAAACUUUGUGGCCAUUGCUGCUGGUGAUGACCACAGCUUGGCUUUGUCGGAAGAUGGCACAUUGUGGACAUGGGGAUACAACAGCCAUGGUCAGCUGGGGAUUGGAAACAAAAACGACCAGCUGAACCCAGUCCAAGUGGCAGUUGGCAAGAAAUUUGUGGCAAUUGCUAAUGGUGAUUACCACAGUUUGGCUUUGUCUGAGGAUGGCACCUUGUGGACAUGGGGACAUAAUGAAGAUGGUCAGCUGGGGAUUGGAAACAGAAACGGCCAGCUGAACCCAGUCCAAGUGGCAGUUGGCAAGAAAUUUGUGGCAAUUGCUGCUGGUAUUUACCACAGUUUGGCUUUGUCGGACGAUGGCACAUUGUGGACAUGGGGAUACAACAGCCAUGGUCAGCUGGGGAUUGGAAACACAAACAACCAGCUGAACCCAGUCCAAGUGGCAGUUGGAAAGAAAUUUGUGGCAAUUGCUAAUGGUGAUUACCACAGUUUGGCUUUGUCUGAGGAUGGCACCUUGUGGACAUGGGGACAUAAUGAAGAUGGUCAGCUGGGGAUUGGAAACAGAAACGGCCAGCUGAACCCAGUCCAAGUGGCAGUUGGCAAGAAAUUUGUGGCAAUUGCUGCUGGUAUUUACCACAGUUUGGCUUUGUCGGACGAUGGCACAUUGUGGACAUGGGGAUACAACAGCCAUGGUCAGCUGGGGAUUGGAAACACAAACAACCAGCUGAACCCAGUCCAAGUGGCAGUUGGAAAGAAAUUUGUGGCAAUUGCUAAUGGUGAUUACCACAGUUUGGCUUUGUCUGAGGAUGGCACCUUGUGGACAUGGGGACAUAAUGAAGAUGGUCAGCUGGGGAUUGGAAACAGAAACGGCCAGCUGAACCCAGUCCAAGUGGCAGUUGGGGAGAGCCUUCAUUUCCCCAACCAGUUUUUCUUUCCGGCUUGGUGUGAUCCAGUUGCCUCAGCCUAUCCAUACGGUGCGUGCGAUGUCUCUGCGGGGAGUGCUUUCCCCUGCAGCUCAGCAUUUCUGAAGGCAAGGUCCUGCAGCGAUUCCGAUGGCUGCCAGCAUCUUCGUGGGUGCGAAGGCAGCUGA